UAAAAUGGGUGAUAUGUGUCAAAGUUUAAUGGAAUGGUUUAAAACCCUGAAUUUACCAGCACCACACGAAACGGCAGAGGAACUGUCGGAUGGCGUUGCAAUGGCCCAGGCCCUAAAUCAAUUUGCUCCUGAGUCAUUCACCGACACUUGGCUGUCGAAAAUAAAAAUUGAAGUUGGCAUCAAUUGGCGUCUAAAAAUGAGCAAUUUAAAGAAGGUAAUCGAGGCGCUCUAUGACUAUUAUGCCGAUGUGUUGAACUAUUCCCUCAGCGAAUUCCCCCGACCGGAUGCUAUGCGCAUUGCUGAAAAGUAUGACACUGUCGAGCUGGAACGACUGUUGCAGCUGAUAUUGGGUUGUGCUGUCAACUGUGCCACGAAACAGGACUACAUUCGUGACAUUAUGCUAUUGGAAGAGUCUCUGCAGGCGAAUAUCAUGAAAGCCCUUCAGGAACUUGAAUCUUCAUGCCAAGGAUCGUCAAUGUCAAAGAAUUCCCUAAAUAUUGCAAAUUUGGACAAUAAACUGCUGCAGGAGGAUAGGGAUCGUUUGGCCCAAAAAUGUUUUGAGCUGGACAAGAAGAUUGCUAUCUUAGUGGAGGAGAAUACCAAUCUACGCUCCGAGGUAACAAAGCUACAGGAGGAUGUAAAGAAACUCGAACUGGCCCCGGUGAUUGGAGAUGACGGAGUUUCACUGGGUCCGGUGAAUACCGGAUCAACGAGAUAUCAUGAUAUGCGCAAACAACUGGAUCAAAUGAAAGAGGAACUGCUGCAGUCGGAAACUGCUCGCGAAGAUCUACGUAUCAAGUCGCAAGAACAAGAAUCGGAAAUCCAAUUGCUGCAACAGCGGGUGGAGGAGCUGAACAAAGUCAACUCGGAAUUUCUGAAACUGAAAGACGAGAUCGAUGUUCUGCGCGAGACCAAUGAGAAGCUGAAGGUAUGCGAGACCCAGGUCAAGACGUACAAGAAAAAACUGGAAGACUACACCGAUCUAAAGAAACAAUUGAAAAUGUUAGACGAACGAAGUGCCGAAUAUUUACAACAAAACGCCCAAUUUGAAGAGGAUGCUAAGAAGUGUGCUGCCCUCAAGGGACAAAUCGAUUUGUACAAGAAGGAGGUCCAAGACUUGCACACAAAACUGGAAAAGGAAAUCAGCAAUAAUUUGAAACUGGAAUUCGAAAGCAAAGCCAUGGAGGAGACAAUAUUCUCCCUGCAACAGGCCAAGGAGGGUCUGCUCAAGGAGAGGAACAGUUUACGGGAGGCUUUGGAUGAAUUGAGAUGUGGUCACCUUUCUACAGACUCGGGAGAUGUUACAACCACCAUGUCCAAUGAAUUGCAGCCCUCCGUUUUGAAUGAACGUGUCCGCAGGCUGGAAAUCGAAAAUAAGGCAUUGCGCGAGGGACAAGGUGGCCAAACGGCCCUAAUGCAACUGCUAGACGAUGCCAAUAAACGCAACAGCAAUCUGCGCGAACAAUUAAAAUCUGCCACGGAACGUAUUAUGUUACUCACCCACCACUCAUCGGCCGCUGGCGAUGAUAAAGCCACCACAUCCGCGGAAGAACUAAAACAACUACUCGAACUUAAUGAACAAAAAUCGGGUCAGGUCGAAGAAUAUGCCAAUCAAAAUGCUGGACUACAAAAUAAAGUAGCCCAACUUGAAUCCGCAUUGGCGGCAAAGGAUCAAGAAUUGCUGGCACUCGAUACCAAAUAUCGCAAAUGUGUUGAACGGGCAAAGGAUGUAAUUAAGAAUAUGGAUCCUCGUACAAUGACCGAACUGAAUUUAGUCGAUAAUAUACAAGAUUUUGGUGCUGCCGUCGACGAAAAGAGGCUACAAUUUUCCACAAUUGAAGAGAACCUCAUCGCCACGGCAUUCUAUAAAUUGGCCAAUAACACCCAACGUGAUAUAAUCGAUGCCAAGUUGGCAAUGCUGUUGGGUCAAGGACAAACGUUUCUAUCACGUCAACGGCAAUCGGGACCACGUAAACAAUUGACAUCAACAAUUAAAUUGAAAUAA